AUGACGGCCACCUCAAAUCCAUCAAAAACCGAAUGCGUGAAGGUGGUCGUCCGAUGUCGACCAUUGAGCCACAAUGAGGUCGCGCAAGGACAUCAAAGUAUCAUCUCAAUGGACACAAAAAGAGGAGUGAUCGAGCUGAAAAAUCCGAAAGAAUUAAAUGAACCGACAAAAGAUUUCACUUUCGAUGCGAUUUAUGAUGGAAGCUCGAAACAAAUGGAAUUGUAUGAUGAGACAUUUCGCGAUUUGGUCGAAUCUGUGCUGAAUGGGUUUAAUGGGACGAUUUUCGCGUAUGGCCAAACGGGCACCGGGAAAACGUACACAAUGGAAGGCUUGGAAAAAGCGGACGAACGAGGCGUCAUUCAUAACUCUUUUGAGCACAUUUUUAAUCACAUUGCGAGAAGUCACGAUCAACAAUAUUUAGUUCGCGCAAGCUAUUUAGAGAUUUAUCAGGAAGAAAUCCGAGAUCUUCUCAAUAAGGACUCGAAAACGAGAUUGGAGUUGAAGGAGCGUCCGGAUGUCGGCGUUUAUGUGAAAGAUCUUUCAUCAUUCGUGACAAAAAGUGUCGAAGAGAUUCAACACGUGAUGCGGGUGGGAAACGCGAAUCGAUCGGUUGGGAGAACUGAUAUGAAUGAACACUCGAGUCGAUCACACGCCAUCUUCAUGAUAACCGUCGAAUGCUCGGAGAUCGGAGUCGAUGGGGAAAAUCAUAUUCGAGUGGGCCGAUUAAAUCUCGUUGACUUGGCGGGCAGUGAACGACAGGCGAAAACCGGAGCGACUGGAGAAAGAUUCAAGGAGGCCACAAAGAUCAAUUUAUCUCUAUCCGCUUUGGGCAAUGUUAUCUCGGCGCUUGUUGAUGGUCGAAGCACCCAUAUUCCGUACAGAGACAGCAAAUUGACGCGAUUAUUGCAGGAUUCCCUUGGUGGGAACUCGAAAACGGUGAUGGUUGCGUGUAUCGGACCGGCGUCGUACAAUUUCGAGGAAUCUCUUGGUACUCUUCGAUAUGCAAAUCGAGCGAAAAACAUCAAAAACAAGCCAAAGAUCAACGAGGAUCCGAAAGAUGCGCUUUUGCGGGAAUUCCAGGAAGAGAUCGAUCGCCUUCGCGCAAUGCUGGCCACUCGGAAAAGGCGGGGGAAAGAGGAAAUCGGAGAAGAGGAAAGGAAAAUCGAAAGAGAAAGAGAAGCGAUAAAUGAAGAUGGAUCGAUAAGGAAAGAAGAGAAACGAAGAAUGUUGGCUGAGAUCGAGGAAAGAGCGCGGAUGCUGGAAGAGGAAAGGAAUGGACAAGCCGAAGUGACGGCCAAGAUCGAACAGAUGCAGAGCAAGCUGUUAUCGGGUGGAAUGGAUCUUCUCGAUCACACACGCCGACAACGCGAUGAACUCGAGACGAAACGAGUGGAGAUUGCUGAAAGAAAGAGACGAGAACGUGAAAUGCUUCAACAAUUGGAACAACAAGAGGAAUCGGUGGCUGAGCUAGAUACCACUUUCACUUCACUACGACAAGAAGUUGAGGCAAAGACGAGAAAGCUCAAGAAGUUAUCGAUAAAAUUGCAAAAAGCUCGUCGAGAACUUCAAGACAUUCAUCUAUCACAUUCGGAUGAGCGAAGAGAAUUGGAAAGAGAUGUGUCACAAAUGAAUAUGGAGCUAAAACUCAAAUUGCUGAUUGUCGAGAAUUUCAUUCCAUUUGACGUUGCCGAUCGUGUGCGAUCAAAAGCGAUUUGGGACGACGAGACACACAAUUGGAAUUUACCUGGAGCAAGGCCGUUAUCACAGGACUCCAAAGUGCCAACUCGACCAGCCACCGCCGGACAGGCAUUACUGGUUGAUGGUUUAUUGAGUCGAUCGACGGGUGGAGAUUCGGGCGUUUGCGGGAGUGACAUUGAUCAAGAUAGAAGGGAUAUUUUAGCAAAUCGACCGUUAUCCUUGCCUGGUCUCCGUCGACCGAUGAGCGUCUAUGAAAGGCUGAGAAUCGAGAAAGCCCGAGAGAAAUUGGAGAAAACGAAGCGAAUCCCGUUGACAAGCACAUCAAACGAGAAUUUUCCUUUAACACAAGGGACGUUACCCGAAGAGAUCUUACGCUUCUGCGGCGAGAACGUGUUGGUGUUCACUGAUUUGGAACGGCUUGAGACAAGAACGCUCAACAAUAGUUCAUGCUACAAUCAGGAUCACCUCUCGAGUUCACGAAUCGAGAUCGACGUGUCGAAGCUCGGCUCUCGACUCAACUCGAUGCGACUCGAGAGACACGCGGCCACAGCACCGAUACAAAGACCCCGUUCUGUGUCAAAAAACGGACGAGCCCGCAGCGCGCUUGGAAAGGCGACGAACGAAGAAAAAGACGAUGGGCAAAACCACACAAACACAAAGGUUGCCGUCUCAUCAUCCCUUUAUCCGAAAGCUCGAGGAUUAGAAAAUGAGUGCGAUGAACAACCGGUGAUGUGGAUUUUGGAGGAUCGAAAACCCUCAACAUCAAGCGCGUCAAGUGAAAGUGAAGGGAUUUGCGCGGAUUUCCCUCCAUUAAAUCAACAAAUGCCAAGUUCUUUCCAUCCAUCAUCCAUUUUUGGUCCUUGUCCGAAUCUUCAAAUGAGCAUCGAUUUCAAUGAAUACAUUGUUCCACCAUUGGAUUUAAGUGAAUUGGUCAUUUCAUCGGGUCGUCGUUGUGUCUCGAUGCCGAGAGAGAAUCCAUUCUCUGAAAAUGACGAAGCGAGAAGAUCGCCCAGCGUCUCACCGAUGAGUUCUUCCUUUUACAACUUUUCCCCCCGGAGGACACAAAUUCCGAGACCAAUUCUGUCGGCAUCAUUCUCUGUAUCGAAUGAGUCAAGAAAAACGACGAGACGCUCUCAGCAAAUGGUGAUGUCUGCACCAUGCGGUAGUCGGGAACAAUUGUGUGAACAUGAGGAUAAACGUCGAAUGAAUCUUCGAGAAAUUGCGAGAGAAACAAUCGAGAGAAGUCUCCAGGGGACACCGAGAACACUGCCGAAAGGGGAUCUCAGAUGUCUUCUAUCAGUGAGUGGGAAUCAUGAUCGAUCUCGAUCACCAAAUCUUCUCUCAUCAAAUCUCCGCACUUCUUCGCAAUUCAUCCAUUCUUCCUCAUCAACUCGACUCCUCAAUCGUCCACGAAUGUCCCAAUUCGAGACUGAGCAAUGGCCACGAUUGUCACGACGUCAAUCAACAGAUCCAAUGAUGAAUCGAUCAUACAAUCGAAUGAAUGAAAAUGAACAAAAUCCUUUCUCUCCGAAUUCUCUCAUUUCAUUUACAAUGGAGAGCUCGAUUUUCGUCGACGACUCAUCGAUGAGAUCUUCCAAAGAAAGAAAGGGAAAUCCGACCAAAAAAACGCUCAUUCAUUGGAGAUCAAGACGGACUAAAUGCGAUUUUUGUCGUCUCGAUUCACUUCUACGAGCUCGACGCGGAGGAAACGAGCUGAGGCACCGAAACUCGAAUGGAUUCAUCGGAAAGAUCUUUGUUGCGAGAAGACAUCGAUGUCGUUGUGCCCAAUCCCGACAAUUUCUCCACUCAAAUCUCCUCAAUUCCAUUCCUUCUUCAUCACCUCAUCUCAAUCUUGAUUCGGCGAUUUUCUUCGCUUUACUCGCACUCAUUUUCCGUGUUCUUUUGGCAAUUUUCGAG